AUAUAUUUAAAAAAAUGUUUUUAUUGACACACAAAAAUAAAUACAAAAGAAAUACAGAAUUCUGACAAUUAAUUAACAAACUACAAUUUCUGACCCCAACCCCCCAAAACCAAUUUACAAAUCUGAACCAAGCGAUUACCCCUCAAACAAUAUCACUCAUAAACAUUAUUACUGUCCUUUAAUUCUUACUGUACUUAUAUCUUACAGCACAGGUAACAUGCUAAUGUUAAUACUAAUGCUAAUACUGUAGAGCAGCUCUGACAGCAAAAGACAACAAUUAUUAACCAAAGUCAAAAAACAGAAUAAAAUAAAAUAAAAUAAAAUAAAAAGGGAUCAGAGACUUAAACACAAUGACCAUGGGGGUGAAAAUCUGGCUGUGGACUAGUGUUUGUGGAAAUGAGAAGUCCUUCAUGUUGAAAAUAUUCUGUGAUUUUAACAGGGAGAAAUGAAGACAAAGGUGGACCUGUUGAACAUUCUGGAGGAUUUGAAAGCCGAGGAAUUCAAGGGCUUCAAAUGGUUUUUGCAGCAGCCUGAUAUCCUGGAAGGCCUCCAAGUCAUCAAAGCAUGCCAAGUGGAGAAGGCAGAGAGACGGGACACAGUGGAUCUGAUGGUGCAGACCUACCAACUUCCUGGAGCUGUGGAGGUGACCAAAAAGCUUUUAAAGAAGAUCAACAGGAAUGAUCUGCUGCAGAGUUCAUCAGACAGCAGCUCAGGAUCAGAAGGUAUGUCUGCUGGCAGCUGUCUGCGAUCUGAAGAUCAGUUUCUGUGCUCCAUCUGUCGGGAUGUGUUCACUGAUCAGGUCACCACACCAUGUGGACACAACUUCUGCAAAAACUGCAUCAAUGAACACUGGAACAGUAAUGACCAGUACCUGUGUCCAAUGUGUAAAAAGGUUUUCAACGCAAGACCUGAGCUGCAAGUCAAAAAAUUGUUCUCUGAGAUGGUUUCUCAGUUCAGACAGGAAGCUCAACAGAAAGCCAGCAGCAGCAGCUCAGAGCAACAAGCUGCCAAACCAGGAGAAGUUCCCUGUGACGUCUGUACUGGAACCAAACUGAAGGCCCUGAAGUCCUGUCUGAUGUGUCUGACCUCCUACUGUGAGACUCACCUGGAGCCUCAUCUGACAAUAUCACGUCUGAAAAGACAUCAGCUGAUGGACCCUGUGGAGAACCUGGAAGACAGGAUGUGUAUGAAGCACGAUAAACCUCUGGAGCUGUUCUGUAAGACUGACCAGACAUGUGUCUGCAUGCUCUGCUCUGUUUUAGACCACAAGACACAUGAGUUUGUUCCUCUGGAAGAAGAAUAUGAAGGAAAGAAGGUAGAGCUGGGGAAGACAGAAGCUCAAAUUCAGCAGAUGAUCCAGAAGAGACGACUGAAGAUUCAAGAGAUGGAACAGUCAGCCAACUUCAGAAAAGGAAAUGCAGAGAAAGAGAAAGCAGAAGGUGUUCAGGUCUUCACCCCUCUGAAGGAGUCUGUUGAGAGAAGCCUGAAUGAGCUCACUGAGACGAUUGAAGAGAAGCAAAGAACGACAGAGAAACAGGCUGAAGACUUCAUCAAAGAGCUGGAACAGGAAAUCUCUGAGCUGAAGAAGAGAAGCUCUGAGGUGGAGCAGCUCUCACGCUCUGAAGACCACCUCCACCUCCUCCAAAACUUCCUGUCCCUGAAAGCUGCUCUACCCACCAAAGACUGGACAGAGGUCAGCAUCCGUCCACCAUCAUGUGAGGAGACUGUGGUGAGAACUGUGACUCAGCUGGAGGAGAAGCUCAGUAAAGAGAUGAAGAAGCAGUUUGAGGCUGAGCUGAAGAGGGUCCAGCAGUACGCAGUGAAUGUGACUCUUGAUCCCGAUACAGCAAAUCCUAAACUCAUCUUGUCUGAUGAUGAGAAACAAGUAAAUCAUGGUGAUGUGAAGAAGAAUCUCCCAGACAACACAGAGAGAUUUUCUAUAAAUCCCUGUGUUUUAGGAAAGCAGAGUUUCUCUUCAGGCAGAUUUUACUUUGAGGUUCAGGUGAAAGGGAAGACUGAUUGGACUUUAGGAGUGGCCAGAGAGUCGAUCAACAGGAAGGGACAAAUCACACCGAGACCUGAGGAUGGUUACUGGACUAUAUGGUUGAGAAAUGGAAAUGAGUACAAAGCUCUCGCUGGUCCUUCAGUCUGUCUCUCUCUGAAGUCUCAGCCUCAGAAGGUGGGGGUGUUUGUGGAUUAUGAGGAGGGUCGGGUCUCCUUUUAUGAUGUAGAUGCUGCAGCUCUUAUCUACUCCUUUACUGGCUGCUCCUUCACUGAGAAACUCUACCCAUACUUCAGUCCCUUUCUUAAUAAAAGUGGUAAAAACUCCGCCCCUCUGAUCAUCUGUCCUGUCAAUCAAACUGAGUAGAGUAAUCACCUGUUUUAUGUCAGAAAUGUGUCUUUGUUUUUGAAGAGAAUAAAUAUACAAACACAUUCUUGUUUAUUAUGAGAAAAAACACAAACUAGGAUUUCUAUUUAAAAUAAAAUCUCUAUUUAAACAUCUGAUCAAAUCCACAGAACUUUAGUUUCAUUUCUAGUCAAAAACACAAAGUUUCCAAAAAAACAAAACUUUCAGUUUGAAGUGAAACCACAGAAAACAAAGUGUGAAUAUUUCACAGUGUCAUAAAGCUUCAUUGUAGAGUUCGGCUGAGACCAUGACUCCACAGAAUAUGUGUCAAUAUUUUACAAGCUGUAAUAAGUGCUGAAACACUUAAUGACAGAACAACAGAAAUGAAUUGAUUGAUUGAUAAUCGUUUAAAUUAUUUGUCAGACAAACAUUCUCAGGCUCCAUCUUUUUAAAUGUGAGGUUUUGCUGCUACUCUCUGCUCUAUAUGAUGGUAACUGGAAUAUUUUUGGGUUUUGGACUGUUGGUCAGACAAAACAUUCAAAGACACCUUGAAGUCUUAGAAACUGUGAUGAAUAUUUUCACUAUUUUCUGACAUUUUAUAAAGUAAAUAAUGAUUCAAUAUCAGGUUAAAACAAGGUUAAUUGUUAAUGAAAAUAAUCAUUAGUUGCAGCUCUACAGUUGAUUAAUAGAAUAUGUGUAUAAUGUGUAUAAAGGGUUUUCUUAUUUUGUCUGAGGUUUGUUUAGUUUCUGUCCACUUUGGCCAAUUUGUUUGUUUGAAUAUUGAAUAGAUUGAUUAUGAUUUAAAGAAAUCUGUAAAUAUGCGAUUGUAAAAAUGUGUAAACUAAACUAUGUCUGUAGUUUUAAUGUAAAGCUUUAAAAACAUGGCCUGAGUAAGCAGUGACUUGUUGAACACCAAACACAAAAAAUAAAAGCUGGUUUACAGAGAA